GUUCAUCCAAUCCAAUCCAUUUAUUCAUUCCUUAGCUUCUUCGAAGCCAAAAAAAAAAAAAAAAAAAAAAAAAAACUGUCGAAGAAACCUUUAGAGGGAGAGAGAUAUAAACGAUGGUUUCUCUUAUAAAGGAUGAUGUCAUUCAAGCGUGGUACAUGGAUAAUAGCGAUAUGGACCAAAGGCUUCCUCAUCAUCGAACUCCCAACGAGUUUGUCCCAUUAGAAAAACUCAAAGAGCUUGGGGUGCUUACUUGGAGAUUAGAUGCGGACAAUUAUGAAAAUGACGAGGAAUUGAAAGAAAUACGAAAAGCUCGUGGAUAUAAUCAUAUGGAGGUUUAUGACAUUAAUCCCGAAAAAUUUUCAAAGUAUCUUGAAACAAUCGAAGCAUUGUAUCAAGAACAUUUCCAUACAUUUGAGGAGGUUAGCUUUUGUAUUUCCGGGAGUGGUUAUUAUGAUGUGCGAGACUGUGAUGAAUCUUGGAUCCGCAUAAGUUUGAAGAAAGGUGCCAUGAUCAUUUUGCCUGCCGGGAUCUAUCACCGUUCUACGACUGAUUCAAAUGAUUUCUUCAAGAUUAUGAUACUUCACAGUGAUGACUUUAUAAGCACUCCAUAUAAUCGGUCUAACGAACAUCUUCCUGAAAGAAAACAAUAUAUCGACACAUUUGUCAAGAAGAUCAAUUGAUGAUGAGAUGUUUCACAAAUAAAUCAAUCUGAAAUGGGACUUUUAAGAGCUAAGUAUUGAUGGAAAAUGACUUAUGUUGUGCACAAGUGGCUGCCUAUGAUAAAUUAUGUUUGUUUGUCUAUGGAUAAAAUAUUUUCAUUUUGUUGGUUGUAUUAUUUCUAUGUGAGAAACUUUGUGUUAUUUGGUUUUUAAUCA